AUGUCUCUCACGAAACUGAAAUCCACAUCACCGAAUCGCAAACUAGAUACCUAUGCAUCGGCUGCCAAGGAAAUUGAGCAGGAGAAACAGAUGGUGGCUGCGCUCAAGCGGCUUUCGAUCGGUCAUCUAUUGAAUCUUGAUCCAGAUCUUCCACCACUUGAUCCGUCUGGAUAUCCGUACUCCGUAGACCGAGGAGGAUACGACGAUACCGCUCAACCUGAAGAUAAUUCUCUGGUCGAGUCUUACUCCUCGGCCAGCUCGCACAAUCGGUACUCAUACUCAGAACUGAACUUCAUUGAUCUACAUGGUCGCGAAGAAGAGGACCAGACCGAACAGGGCGAGCCAAAGGAUGGAGAUGUAAAUGACGAUAUAGAAGAAAACAGCACACGAGCACCAUCGGAGUCUUUGCGUCAUACGCGACCGCCCUCUUUUGUUUCUGAAGAACAACCUUUGGAUGCGGAACUGUUGUGGGUUCCUGCCAACAUGCACCCUGAGAUUAACCCACAGCAAUAUAAGAUGCAUGUAAAAACAACCAUUGACGAGCUCCUUGAACAGAAGAUAUCGCGCUCGCUCUCACGCUCCAAGUCGAAGCGCUCGUCUCUCUCUUUCUCUGUCACAGACACAGACCCAGACGACUCCACGGUCUUUGUGGCAGAGGACGAGAAGGAAACCCAACAGGAUCAACCUAAAAAACAAUAUCAGAACCCUUCCCUUCGUGAGCUUACCUCAGAGCUUCAAGCCAUGACUCGUCUCGCGGGCAUGGAUGCUACCGAUGCUGUAACUCUAGCUCGCACAUUAUCUUCUGCCUCAAUGGGCUACAGUGAUGUAGAGAAAUUAGCUUUUGAUGAGCUUGGAAACCCUCAAAAUAUGGAAAAGAGCAUCUAUCAAGCAGAGGUCCAUGAAGAGAAUCAGCAUCAACAUUCUAGGCGACCACUUCCAAAACUCCGAAUUAAUACGGGAUCUUCUUCUCAUAAGCAACCUUACGGUGCUGCUGUUCCCGGAAGUUAUGAGCCAUCUCGUCCUGGCGGAUUUGCUGCUUCUGGAAGACAGCAAAAAUCACCCAUUGACGAGGAGUUUUCGUUGCGCAGAAGUCGGCGACCUGACUACCGUAAGGGUCCAGUGGCAUCUCCACAUGCAAGCUCUCAGCAAUUAACUGCUCAACAACUAGGAUCUCAGCUCCAGAGCAGCAAAGCAGGUAAACUUGCCGAGCUUAGAAGCUCUCUUCUGUCUUCAAACUUAACUCAAGUCCCGAAACAGCUGAGAUCUCAGAAUUUUAACGUUGCUCAAUCUUCACUCCCGCAGCAAGAUCCCUAUUAUGGCAAGGUUCGGGGCCAAAGUAGGUCUCAUUCGUCCUCAAGAAGCACACCUGGACAGUACGACAUACCGCUUCUGACAACUCGAACAAAAAAGAGUGGCUCAAGCCACCAAACCAGACAAAUUUUAACUCAGAGUCCAUACCAUCAGUCGCCCAAUAGUUCAAUAUCUCCAGCGCCCUUGAGCCCCAAUGACAAUAUGAACUUUUCACCAUAUCCAGAUGCCUACUCUCAGAAACCAGCUCAGUCAAAGCAACAAAAUCAUCGCAGUAACAGGAGCGCUGAUGGUUAUAGAGGUCAUAUUGGUGAGGGAUUAGGCUCUCAGGGUCACAUUGGCUAUAGAGAUCAUAGAGACAGUGAAGAUAGAAGGAAUUUGAAAUUGAGGGCACUGAGCUCUAGCGCUCUGUACGGAUACAAUCCGCAUGUACAAAAUGUGCCAAUGAGAUCUUCAAGUGAUCUGUAUUCAUCACAGGGAUACCCACAGAGUUCGAAAAAGCCUGUUAGACAUCUCCAACAACAAUUCGACCAAAAUGGAUAUCCGAUGUAUCAGACACAGCAACAAAGCUCGAGUUAUUCACAGCAUCAGAAUUAUCAGAACUAUCCAUCAAACAUGCAAUCACAGCAUUCCAAGCAUGCGCAUCAACCGUAUUCUCAGCAGUACCAGCCAGUAUCAAUGGACAAUCGCUCAAGACAUAGAAACUAUAGUGGUGGACAUGCUCGAGAGCAACAACAUCAAUAUCAAGGCCAUUCACAACAAAGGCAUCAUCAACCCCAUUAUGAAUCUCAUCCUCAAGACAAUUAUCUGAAUUCAGUACAAAAUGCCCACUAUCAUCCCCAAUAUAAAAGCCAGCAUCAGAACAAUUACAGGCCCACCCAAGAGUCAUCUAGAGUCGUUGAGAAACAGCAAAAUAAUCAGCAGAGUAAAGAUUACCCUUUCGAACAGUAUACAAGAGAGAAUACCUUCAAAGCGAAGGAAAAGCGAAGUGAAUUGAACGAUAAUCUCGAUCUAUUGAGAAAUGAGAUCAACGAAUUCAAAGAAAGUUUGUCUCGUAGCGAGCCUUCAAAACAGUUAUCCAAUGAUAAUUUGCCGCUAGACGAGGAGAUAAGUGCAGAACCAUCAAAUGACUUCAGUUUCGAUCUUACCACUCACGAUGUAAGCUACGAGGACACUCUCGGCAUAGAGAAGGAUAUUAUUGGCGAUCUCGAUGAAACUAGUUCAUCAUUAGCCAAUGAGCCAGAUAACUCGAUACAGAUCCCUCAAGAAAGAAUCCAGACAAACUUGCGCUUUUCUGAGUCAUCCAAUACUCAGCCCGAACUUUCGGCAAUUCCUUCGAGAGAGAACUCUUCUGGUCGGCACGAAAAGAAGUUGCAGCAACCACAAAGCGACUCCUCAAGGGCAGAAUACCCAGUUGAGAAGUAUAAGGACACGGCUGCCAACAUUAAGGAAGCAAAAGAAGUGAUUCUUUCGCCAAUCAUCACACCAAAAGAUGCCGAGGAGAACAAUGUACCAACACUAUCUACAACCAAACAAAAAGAGCUUGUUUCCGAUUCGAUACCUCACGGAAAGCCAUUAAAGACGGAGGAACCAGUCAACAAAGUGUCAAAGCAGUUAAAAAAGAAGACUUCCUCUAGCCUGCUAAUCUCUAAAACAGAUCCAGAGAAGAAGAAGACAAGUAAAAAGCCAUGGCCAUGGUCUAAGGACAAGUCCGCUUCAUCUGAGAAGGAGAGCAAGAUUGCAGAAGUCUCUCGCAAAACUGUACGUUCAGUUUCAACACCUGACCUUGCAUCUAAAUUGGACAAAAGUGGGCACGAUGAGCACAGUAAUACAGAAGGCGGAAAAGACAAUGUUAUUAGCAAGUUCUUUAAGAAAAAGCGGAGUCACCUGUCGUCAGGCGAAAGAGCAACGCAGGAGCUGUUACGCCGAGUAUCAAGCAGCGACUCUUCUGAAAUUCACAAUGAGCAAAAGUCUGGCCAAAAAAGCUCUCGAACAUCAGAAGAAUCGAAGACCUCGAACAAUUCUAGAGACAUACCAGUUUCAUCGUCUGCAGAUGUGAAGUCUAGAAUUAAACAAAAACUCAAGAACAUCAAGAACAAGGGCUCUGAGAAGCCCGAGGAGCCAACAAUUCCAGAGGAUCCUGCUGAGGAGGAAAUGAGUGAAGCGAUCGAUAUAGAGAAUUCCAAGCCUCUGUCUACUCUUGAGGUUCAGGAACGACUCAAAAAGUCGAUCAAAAGAACAUCUAGAGCAAAUCAACCUAUUGAAUUCACCGACUCCGCUUUUGGGUUCCCAUUACCUCCUCCCUCACACUCGACUCUUGUUAUGAUAGACUACCGAUUCCCAGUGCACGUUGAGCGUGCUAUUUAUCGACUCUCACAUCUCAAGCUUGCGAACCCUAAAAGAUCUCUCCGCGAACAAGUUCUACUUUCAAACUUCAUGUACGCAUACUUGAAUUUGGUGGACCACACUUUGCAUUUGGAGCAACAGAUGACAGAGGAGGAGUUCCCACAACCCGAUACCGAUAUGGAUCUAUUGGGCACACACGACAUUGAUACAGAGUUCGAGGCUGAUUCCCUAGACGAGGAGGACUUUGACUCAGUUAAGUUGGAUCUUGAUGUCCGUGAAACCCAGAUUUCCGUAUAG